AUGGGUAACACACUUUCAUACGAUCAGACCCCUCACGAGGUUGACCUAGGUCCCAAGGGAAAGAUCCGAGGACUUCAAUAUGAUACAAAAUCCCGACGGUACGCAGGCAUUCCCUAUGCAUUACCCCCAAUCGGUGCCUAUCGCUGGCGAAAACCUCGCCCAUUGCCAGCGACACACCGCUAUUCACAGCCAAAUGAACAACCUUUCGAUGGAUCCACCUUCCGCCCGAUCUGUCCCCAAGAGGCGUUCGCAGGCGGAGAGAAGGACAUCGGCCCAGAAAACUACAGCGAAGACUGUCUAUUACUGAAUAUCUGGACCCCUGUCGAAACCCCGGACAACGCCGAUAAGAAAUGGCCGGUCGUGCUUUGGCUGCAUGGUGGCUGGUUCCAGUUGGGCGAACCCCUCCAGGAAUUGGGCAUGGACCCCACGGAGAUGAUCUCUACCGGAAAACUGAAUGCAAUUGUAGUUGGAAUUGGCUACCGUCUCAACAUCUUCGGCUUCUUAGCGGGAGAAGCUCUUUUGGAAGAGAGCGAUGGAGAAAGCGCGGGGAAUUUUGGUCUUUGGGACCAGCGUCUCGCUAUGGAAUGGGUUUACGAGAAUAUCGCUGCGUUCAAUGGUGAUGUGAACAAUAUUACUCUCGGAGGACGCAGUGCUGGCGCAUACGGUGUGCAUGCGCAAGUGCUUCGUGAAUUCCGGGAAGAUUCGCAGCGUCAGCUUUUUCACCGGUUCUACAUGUACUCGAAUGCCAUCCCUGCGCAGCCGAAGGCCCUCGCGGAUGUCAACCCUCAAUUCGAGGAGCUUUGCGACUAUUUCAAUGUCCCUACGGAUCUAUCCGGUCCUCAAAAGAUCGACAAGCUUCGUGAAGUCGGUCACAAGGACCUUGUCGCAGCCUUGAAGCAUCUCAAGAAUCAUACCUUCCGCCCUGUGACCGACAACCUCUUCAUCUUCCCUGGAUUCACGAAAUACCACAAAAGCGGUGCAUUCGCGGAGCAGUUCCAAAAACGACGGCUCCGCGUCCUGAUCGGCGAAGUCCUGAAUGAGGAAACACUCUAUGCUACCUAUAAUAGCCCCGAGCCUAACAUCGAUUCUCUACGACUACAGCUAUCUAACUACUAUGCCCCUGGAACAACCGAUCGUAUCUUGCAAUCAUACACCCUACCUUCAACUGCCGAUCCAGAGGAUUGGAAGAAAGUUUACGGAAACAUCAUUGCAGAUGGCCAGGUUCGAGCACCAUCGCGCUGGCUAGUCAAUUCUCUUUUUAGCCAUGGGGUUCCCCUACAAGACAUCUGGCGGUACCGGAUUGCAUACAGACUAUCCUUUAUCACGGACAAGGUUGCUCCACGAGCUUUUGGUGUAUCUCAUGCUAUGGAUAAGCCAUUUUGGAACUUUUCCAUUCUUCAUGGUCCAACGGAUGAGGAGAGAGGUCUGAUGGAAGGGUGGAUUCAAUCAUUUGUUGCAUUUGUCAAUGAUGAUCCGGAGUACGAAUUUGGGACACAUGGCAUCGACGAGAUGAAAGUUGCUACUCCCGAAGGAAAGAUCGAGAUUCAAAUAGAUCAACGCUGGGAUGAGUUGGUUAAGCUGGGGGAGGUUUUUGCCAGUGGUGCUUAA